AUGGCGAUGGCGAGAUUGACGGCGGCCCUCACUCGAGGCGCCCUUCCUCCUCCGUGCCGCCGCGCUCUGUGCUCCGGCGCGCCGCUGGGCGCGGAGCUGGACGCGGCGGUGCGCGACGUCGUGUGCUCCGGGUCCGGGGGCCUCGACGAGGUGGGGAGCAGGCUGGACCGGCUGGGCGUGGCCGUCUCACCGGCCCUGGUCGGGCGCGUGAUCGAGUCUUGCGGCGAGAGCGGCGGCGUCGGCUCGGGAAGGAGGCUCCUGCGUUUCCUGGCGUGGUGCCGCUCCAAGGACCCCGGGGCGUUGGGGGACGAGGCGCUCGAUAGGGCGAUUGGGGUGCUCGCACGGGUCGGGGACCUGACCGCGAUGCGAAUCGCCAUCAGUGACGCGGAGAAGGACGGCCGGAGGAUGGCGCCGGAGACUUUUACGGCCGUGGUCGAGGCCCUUGUCGAUGCGGGGAAGGAGGAUGAGGCGGUCCGACUGUUUAGAGGUCUGGAGAGGCAGAAAUUGCUGCCCGAGCGUGGUGCCAGUGCCGGAGGAGAUGGCGUGUGGUCGAGCAGCCUUGCCAUGGUUCAGGCACUGUGUAAGAGGGGCCACGCCCGCGAGGCGCAGGGUGUGGUGUGGCAUCACAAGAGCGAGCUCUCGGUGGAACCCAUGGUUAGCAUCGUUGAGCGAAGCCUCCUCCACGGUUGGUGCGUUCAUGGGAACGCUAAGGAGGCUCGGAGAGUCCUUGAUGAGAUGAAGUCUUCAGGCGUCCCACUGGGCUUGCCGUCGUUCAACGAUUUUCUCCAUUGUGUGUGCCAUAGAAACCUCAAGUUCAAUCCCUCUGCCCUCGUUCCAGAAGCUAUGGAUGUGCUAACAGAGAUGAGGUCCUGUGGUGUCGCCCCAGCUGCUUCUAGCUUCAACAUAUUACUUUCGUGUUUAGGCCGAGCAAGAAGAGUGAAAGAAGCUUAUAGGAUCUUGUACCUGAUGAGAGAAGGAAAGGCAGGGUGCUCCCCUGACUGGGUUGGCUACUAUCUUGUGGUUAGGGUCCUCUAUUUGACUGGGAGAAUCAUUAGAGGGAAAAGGCUUGUAGAUGCUAUGCUGGAAAGUGGUGUGCUUCCAACUGCUAAGUUUUUCCAUGGCCUUAUAGGCGUCCUUUGUGGAACUGAGCAAGUUGACCAUGCUCUUGAUAUGUUCAGACUCAUGAAGAGUUGUGGAUUAGUGGACACUUGUAUAUAUGACCUGCUUAUAGAAAAGCUUUGUAGGAAUGGAAGAUUUCAGCUUGGAAGAGAGCUCUGGGAUGAUGCUACAAAGAGUGGUCUUGUGUUAGGAUGCUCAGAGGAUCUGCUGGAUCCCUUGAAGACAGAGGUAUUCAGACCACCUUGUCCAUCACAAAGAUUAAAUCCUCAGAGCUAUAAGCGUUUGACCCAAAGAAAGAAGAUUAUUGCCGUUGGAGCCAAGAAGAACACUGCUAUCACAGCCUCAAUAAAGAAGUAG